UUGGAAAAUACAAAAUAUUUAUCAAAAGGCUACAAAAGACAAAUAUGUCCUCCUCAAAGUAUUAUUAGGAUACGUAGAAAAAUGUUAAGAUUGCAAAGAGAAAGAAAAAAAUGCCACUCCUUAUUUGUUCUUCGCGCCAUUGAAUGUUUUUUGCAUUGAAAAAGGAAAGUAAUGCUCCAACAGAAAGAAAGUCCAAAAGUUUGACUACCACACCCGAAAAACCAUUAAGAAAAUUCUCUCUAUCCAAAGCACUGUCUGAGUCACAACCUCAAGAUGAAACUUCACCUGCAUCGAAAGACAAAAAACCAUUUUUCAUUCAUUUGGACAACAUAUGCAACUCUCAAAACAAGUUCAAUGCAAAAGAAACUUCUCACUUUUCGUUACAUACGAAGAAUAAAACGACAACGCAACAACUCCAUUGUUCAGAACAAAUAACUCAUGUCAAUAACACCAACCAAACAGGCAAUGAAUUACAGAAGACAAUGACUGAAGAUAUCAUCGAAAGUUUCUCAUCCAUAUUAGCUGACAUAAAGCCUUCUUCAUGUCAUACAGAAACAAUUUCCAAAGAGACAAAGGACUCCUUUAAUGAUGCGUUGACAGAACAAAUGGAGAGUCAUUUGUCUCGAAAUGAACUAGAGACUGCUAUCCAACUUUUGGAAGAAAACUAUGAAAUGGCGACAACACUAAUGCAGAAAAUACAGCUUACAGAUUUGCCAGAAUAUUUAGGACUUGUGUCACAAAUGACUUUGCGGAUAGAAAAUGCCUUUCAAACUAUCAACGGUAUUCCUUCGUUGUUGGUUAAAUACUCAACACUCAAAGGCUAUUUGUAGCUCUCGUGGAGUAUACAGAAAACCAAAUAUUUUCCACCGAAAUAACUUAUCUUUUGAAGUAUGCAUGGGACUUUGAAAAGGUUCCUCUUUGAUACCUUUCUCGAAAUUGCAAAAACUCCUUAUCGAGGUAGUGAAU